CAUUAUUGGACAUGAAAGGCAUUCGUGUUCUCCUGGGUCUUCUUCUACUGGAAGCAACGUACAAUGCUGACGCUUUACAGUGUUUACGUUGUGAUCGAGUUAUCUCACCACGACAUUGUCAUGGAAAAACAACAUGCGACUCUCAUGAGACAUGCUAUUUAGAUCAAUACACAGGACUAGACGGGGAGCUUUUGUACGAUGUUGGAUGUAGGUCAAAAGAGCUUUGUACUAAUACAACACCUGGACUACGAUCGACAGUUCAAGCAGGGACAAAGACAUGUUCUAGAUGUUGUUCUGGUGACUUGUGUAAUGCAGAAGGCUGUGGAGAACAAGGUUUCCCCACGAAUAGAGGUCCUAUUUGUUAUAACUGUCAACAGGCACGGAAUCCUGAGAAGUGCGACUUAAUUACUGUAUGUGGCAGAGAUGACGCAUGUCAUAUUGAACAACAAGAAGAGUUUGGUGAUAUAUUUUACGCAACCAAAUGUAUUUCAAAGCACCUGUGUUCCAUAAAUGGUGGUAGCAUAUUUGGUAAACGCAGCGGAAGUAAACGUAAUGGUAAAAGAAACACGUUGUGUUCAGCGUGUUGCACAAGCGACCUGUGUAAUAAAAAUUGUCACAGAAACAGUAUCUCAUACACAACAAGUAAUCAUUACAACAGUACACGACCAUGGCACUAUGAAACCACUGAACCUCAUCAUCAAUGGACCACUUUACCUAGGUACAAUACUACUUCUUAUACAACAAAGGGUUGGAGAAAUUACAGCACCACGACACAAUCAGAAUUUGUUGCUGCGAGUGGUCACUAUGGGAAUUUGUUCGCUAUUUUCUUCAUGCCAAAUCAUCAGCGUACGACUACCAACAUAAGCCUUGAGAUUCUUAUAACGUCACCAUAUACUAACUAUAAUGUUAAAAUUAGCUCAAAGCACAAUGGACUUCAACUUACUGGACAGGCUAAUGGUCAUGUCAUUCGAACACACGUACCAAACACACUUCACAGUUUAAGUAAACGGUCUGACAACGCUAAAUAUAAUAUUUAUGACACAGGAAUUACCAUCUCUUCGAAUAAGCCUAUAUUUGUCGCUGCAAUAAAUGAAUAUUCAUGUUGUUCCGGAGAGGCUUUCAGUGCUAUUCCUGUUAAGGACAUUGGGAGAAACUACAUUAUUGCAACAUACCCGAAGGGCAUCAAAUCGGUGGGCGUUGUAGCGAUAGAAGACAACACUUCCGUUAGGGCAAAGUUACAACCCGGAAACAACACUAUGGAUAUUUUGAUAAAGAAUGCUUUUGAAGGAUUAUUAUUUACAUCAUAUGAUAAUAAUAUUUCGACUGGAGGAACAAUCGAGAGUGACAAACCAAUUGCAGUACUUUCUGGAAACAUGGACUCUCCAAUUAAUUUUGGUGAAAGAAAUUUCCAAACAGAAAUGCUUAUACCGACAAAUCAAUUUGCCGAGAGAUAUAUUGUUCCAAAAAUAGCCAAUGCCAAACAUAUCAUUCUUCGAAUAGUUGCAAGAGACCCGUUUACGACUGUUUAUAUCACUGGAAAGAAUGGGUUCUAUAAGAACACUUACAAGCAAUAUGUUAAUCAGCUAGAACUACCAAAUGAUGGAUACUUUAUCAACGCCCAGAGACCAGUCAUGGUUACUUUGUACACAAUGUAUGAAAGAUCAAAUGUUACUGUCAACCCGUUCAUGACCUUACUGCCCGCCAUCGACCAUUUUUCUAGCAACUACGUCAUAACUACACCGACCACUUCUGACUUUACCAAUUACGUCACUGUGAUCAUAAAUUCAAAUGAUAAUGUAGACGGUCUCCGUCUUAAUGGCGGUAAUUUAUUAUUCCAUGCGGUUGAUGUUACACCAGUUGAGAUGUUCAGAACUGUUUAUAAGAGUAUAUCUGCCGCCUUAGAUGUAAAGGAUACUUCAUUCACAAUUUCCCAUAUUGACAAAAAUGUCAAAUUUGGUCUCCUGGUAUAUGGUUAUAAAUAUCGUGCGGCUUACGGAUAUCCAGGUGGUUUUGUUUUAACUAAAUAA